GGGACAACACACAUGUGGCACGGGCUGAGACACCGUAUACUACGAGAUUCUUGUUGCAGACACCAUGUUCAACAAUUUCUCAGGCAUCCGGAUUGCAAUACAUGGACUCGACUGGUCCCAGUGAUCCUAUGGAGUACACAAUGGGAACAAGACGACAGACUGCGCUUACUAAUAUAUCUAACCAAAUUAUCACAGGUCCGUCCGAUGAACAUGAGCGUCAUCGGGAGGAGAGGAAUAGAAAACAACGAGAAUACCGUGCAAGAAGAAAGGCUGAAGAAACCAACGAAGAAAGGGAGGCGAGGAAUAAAAGAAUGUGUGAUUAUCGAGCGAUGAAGAAGGCUGACACAGUACUAUACUCGCCUAGACAGACACAGGCUUAUGCUACUGGAUCUUCGAUCGUAAUACAAACCAACACACAGAUGGCAGAGCCGGUAACGCCUGUUGUUGCGAGGGGCUCUUUGCACCAACUGCCAACAUCAGUGGAACCAUUUUCAACCAACUCACAGGUGACAGAGCCGGUAACGCCUGUUGUUGCGAGGGGCUCUUUGCACCAACUGCCAAUAUCAGUGGAACCAUUUUCAACCAUUUCUCAACCUUCAACCUAUAAUCAAUCCGGUAGGUAUUCGUUGUUAUAAUUACUAUUUACAUAAUUUAUUAAUUUGAUUUCAUUUUGUCUUCAGCAAUUACUGCAUCUACCAUGGGCAAUCUCAUAAUGAACCGAGCGAGGUACAUCAAUAUGGAUGAUGCAGAUAGAGAAAUUCUACUGCAUAAGCGACGUGAAUACAAAAGGUUGAGACAAUGUGUACAAGACGACACGA